AUGGCCAACUACGGCGGCGGCGACGCCGCAAACUAUUACAACCAGCAACAGCCUCCUCCUCCGCCCAACGCGUACUACCAGGGCCAACCUCCGCAGCAGCAGUAUCAGCAGCAGCCGCAGCAGGGCGGCUAUGCCCCCCCGUCGUAUCCCCCGCCAGACCAGAAGGGCGAGCCACCGUCGUAUGAGGAGACGUUCAAGAUUGCGAAGCCCAAGUGGAAUGAUUUGUGGGCGGGAGUGUUGUUUCUGUUGACGGUCGCGGGGUUUGCGGCGGUGUCGGCUAUUUCGAUCAAUGGCUAUGCUUCCACCCGUCGCGAGAACUCCGGCGGCAUCAACGGCCAGCUCAACUCAUUCGGCCUGACGACACACACCAUCUACCUCUUCCUCUGGGUGCUGAUCACCGCCAUCGUGCUGAGCUACUCAUACAUGUGGCUCGCACGCAAGUUCACCAAGCAAUUCAUCUGGAUCACCGGCAUCCUCAACUGCCUACUCGGAUUCGCAACCGCCAUCUACAUGCUCACCCGCCGCUACUACUCCGGCGGCAUCGUGUUCCUGAUCUUCGCCGUCUUCAUGGUCAUCUGCUUCAUCAGCUGGCGCAAGCGCAUCCCCUUCAGCGUGCUGAUGCUGCAAACCUCCAUGCACGUCGCCAAGAAGCACGGGCACGUCUACCUCGUCAGCGCCAUCGGCGGCCUGCUCGGCGCGGCCUUCGCGGCGUGGUAUUCCGUUACGCUGGUCAGCGUGUACGUCAAGUACGAGCCGAGCGAGAACAACCCGGCGUGUCGGACGGGUGCGGGCGGAUGUGGGUCUGGCAAGGUCAUCGGGUUGAUUGUGUUCAUCACGUUUGCGGCGUACUGGAUCUCGGAGUGGCUCAAGAACACGCUGCAUACGACGAUUGCGGGGGUGUAUGGGUCGUGGUACUUUAACUCGCGGAAUUACCCGACGAAGGUUACGCGCGGCGCGCUGAAGCGGGCGUUGACGUACAGCUUUGGGAGUAUUAGUUUGGGCAGUCUGGUGGUGGCGAUUAUCAAUUUCCUGCGGCAGCUGGCCUCGACCGCGCAGUCGCAGGCGUCGGCACAGGGAGAUAUUGUGGGCACGAUCAUGUUCUGCAUUGUCGGGUGUCUGAUUGGGAUUCUGGACUGGGCGGUACAGUUCCUGAACCGGUAUGCCUUUGCGCAUAUUGCGCUGUACGGCAAGGCGUACAUUCCCGCGGCCAAGGACACUUGGAAAAUGAUCAAAGACCGCGGCAUCGACGCCCUAAUCAACGAAUGCCUGAUCGGCCCCGUCCUCGGCAUGGGCGGCACCUUUGUGGGGUACGCCUGCGCGCUGCUAGCCUACGUGUACCUGGUGUUCACAGACCCGGCGUACAACAAGUCGGGCGGGUUCACCCCCGUGGUUGUGGCUUUCGCGUUCUUGAUCGGCCUGCAGAUCUGCAAUGUUUUCACGACGCCGAUCAGCAGCGGGAUUGAUGCGAUUUUCGUGGCGGCUGCGUGGGACCCGGAGGUGAUGAUUCGCGAUCAUCCGGAUUUGUAUCAUCGCAUGGUGCAGGUUUAUCCGCAUGUGCAGCAGGCUAUUCAUGCGUAG